GACGGUCUCCCACCACCACACACCACCCCCAGACCCGCCCCCGAUCCAUGGGUGGUGCUGGGCUGCCUCUCCCCCCGUCGGCUCGACUGUCCCUCCCUCGAGAUCACCCCCGGGUCCAUCAUCCAGGCCCCGCGAUCUCCCGCCCAAAUGCCUCCUCCCAUCACCCUCCAACCCACCUCCUACCACGCCGACUCGGACGCCGACGACGAGUACGAACGCAGCGUCGUCACCUCUCCCCACCUGGCCUCCGACUCCGAAGCCUCCCCCUUGGUGUCGGAUUUCCCUUCCGCCCAACAUACCCCGACCACUUUUGCCAAUGCCGAUGAGAGCGCCCAGUGGCCGACGACCGUGAUUACCGAGUGGACGGUCGAUGAGUGUGCGGGUUUUUUGGCGGCCUUGGGUCUGCGCCAGUAUCGCAAUGCUUUUCUGGAAAAUGAAAUCGUCGGCGAAGCCCUCAUCGCCCUCAAACACGACGAGUUGAAAGAAAUGGGCAUCGCCAGCGUCGGCCAUCGUCUGACCAUCCUGAAAAGCGUCUACGAAACCAAGGUCAAACAAGACAUCCCGCUGGAUCCCGAUCACUACAUCCCACUCUCCGCCGAUCAGAGUAUGAACGAAAACGCCUCGCAAGAGGACGUCGCCCGUCUGAUCCAGUCGAUCCGAUUACGCGAUGAACGCAUCGUCACGGUCGAGUCGGAGCUGCGCCGCAUGGCCGAGGACUAUCGGCGGCUGCGAGAGGAACUCCUCCCCGUCUUUAAAAUGGCCAAGGACCGCUCGCAGCCGCUCCCCCCGCCGUCCACCUUAUCCGGUACCACCAUCGACGGCUAUCACGACAGCCAGACGCUCACCUCCCCCUCAGGCAUCACCCUCCUUGACCGCGCCGCGUCCGGCAUCUCCCGGUCCUUCUCCAAGCGCGCCGGCGGCACCACCCCCAAGAACCACUCCCCCACGCACAUUCCUCCUUCCAUCCACGAAGUCCGAUCCUACCACGACGGCCUGGACCCGUCCACGGCCGGCGGCCUACCAGGCGCUUCCCACCUCAGCUCGAUGAACAACGGCAAAGCCCAGAUAUCGCCAGGCAUCCCGUCGCCGACCUCCCCAGGCAACCACUACACGGCCUCGCAGAUCCUCGGCUCACGAUCGUACACGCAACCGAACAGUCGACACGACCCGCACGACGACCCGCCGCCCUCCCGAUCCGACCGCCUCCAACCCACCCCCACCCAAGCCACACGACCCGACCUCCCCUCACGAUCCGACUCCCGCGCGGGCGCCGGCAGCACCAGCGGCGGGGACCCACCCAGCGUGGAUAUUUUCAAGUCCUUCCGGGUAUCCAUGGACGACCCCUGCCACCGGGUAUUACCAGCCGCGCUGAAGAAAUACCAAAUCAACGCAGACUGGAAGCAGUACGCGCUGUACAUCGUCUACGGCGACCAGGAGCGGUGUCUGGGACUCGAGGAGAAACCGCUCAUCCUGUUCAAGCAGCUGGAGAAGGAAGGGCGCAAGCCCAUGUUCAUGCUGCGCAAGCAGAUCCACGCUAUGGAGGGCGCGCCUUACACGAGUGGGGGGUCGGCGCCUAAUAGCGCGGGGUUUGAAGGUCGUCAGGGGCAGAUUAACCUGCCUGGGGGGGUGCUAUAACCGCUAUAGUCUGGGGAGUACUAUACUCAGGCCUCUGAGUCCUAUAGUGAAGUGUCGGAGUUGAUAUGAUUGAUACCCGUGAUGAAGUCGAGUCAGCAUUGAAUUCAGAGGAUUGAUUACCU